AUGGGUUGUGCGGUUAGUACAACAGGAGAUAAAGCAGCCGCAGCAAGAUCUAAAAAAAUUGAUAGAGAUCUUCGGGCUGAUGGAGAACGCGCAGCUAGUGAAGUUAAGCUCUUACUUUUGGGUGCCGGAGAAUCCGGUAAAAGUACGAUAGUUAAGCAAAUGAAAAUAAUUCAUGAAUUGGGAUAUUCAACUGAAGAAUGUGAACAGUAUAGGCCUGUUGUUUAUAGCAAUACUAUUCAAAGCUUGAUGGCUAUUAUACGUGCGAUGGGUCAGUUAAGAAUAGAUUUUGCAGAUCCAAGUCGAGCAGAUAUUGCAAGACAGUUUUUUACAUAUGCAAGUGCAGCCGAAGAAGGAGAACUUACUCCAGAAUUAGUAAUGUUAAUGAAAAAGUUAUGGCAGGACCCAGGUGUCCAGUUAUGUUUUGCCCGAUCAAGAGAAUAUCAGUUAAAUGAUUCUGCAGCUUAUUAUCUCAACGCUUUAGAUAGGAUUUCACAGCCAAACUACAUACCUUCUCAGCAAGAUGUUUUAAGGACAAGAGUUAAGACCACAGGAAUCGUUGAAACGAAUUUCUCGUUUAAAUCGUUACAUUUUAAAAUGUUUGAUGUUGGUGGUCAAAGAUCAGAGAGAAAAAAAUGGAUACAUUGUUUUGAAGGUGUUACCGCAAUUAUAUUUUGUGUGGCUUUAUCAGGUUAUGAUUUGGUACUGGCAGAAGAUGAAGAAAUGAAUAGAAUGGUGGAGUCUUUAAAAUUGUUUGAUUCAAUUUGCAAUAGUAAAUGGUUUGUAACUACGUCGAUAAUAUUAUUCUUAAACAAAAAAGAUUUAUUCGAAGAAAAAAUCACCAGAAGUCCACUCACAAUAUGUUUCCCCGAAUAUACAGGUCCAAAUACUUAUGAAGAUGCUUCAGCUUAUAUAAGGAUGAAAUUUGAAAAUCUCAAUAAAAGAAAAGAUCAGAAAGAAAUUUACACACACUUCACUUGUGCAACUGAUACAAAUAAUAUUCAAUUUGUCUUUGACGCUGUUACUGAUGUGAUCAUAAAAAAUAAUUUAAAAGAUUGUGGUCUCCUUAUGUAAGUUUUUAGGUCAUCUCAAUAAUAAAAAUAAUUUGUCUUUUUUUAUACAUCUUUACCAACAAAUAUAUUUUUUUAGUAAAAUUAAUAUUGAGGUUGCUAAAAUAAGACAAAUUAAGGAAGAAAUUAUUUUUAUGUUGUGUUUAAAUACAACAUCUGUGAUUUUCUCUCAAAAUGCUUGAAUUAAUUUAUGUUUUAUAUAUUAAUAUUCUUUUCUCUUUUUGAAAUAUUUAAUAACAUUGAUCUCUAUUUUUUUUAUGUUUAUUUCUCUUUUUACUUUAUACUUACUAGUAUUUAUACACAACAUUUCAUUUUCUAUCAUGACAAUUUACAAGACUUGAAAUUCAUAAAUAUUUAUUGAAAGAUGAAAUAAGUAGAUGAUAAUCUUAUUUUUUAUAGUUACAGGGAAAUUUUAAAAUUAACAAAAACACCAUUUCUGGUAAAGUUUAUGAAUGUAAAAUUACCCUGUAUAUACAUAUAUACUUAAUGUUGUAAUAUAUAAACCAGUUAUAUAAAUUAGAAUAUAUUUAAAUAUAAGAGUAUUAUGAAGAAUCAUAAAUUGUAUAAGACUAAUGACUUUUUCUCACUACAUACUUCUUAUUUUAUGUAGACCCUAUGUUAUGUUUAGCUACAUUUUUAUUUUAACCCUUAAUAACUUGAUUUCAUUAUUCUAUCUCUAGGUAUUAAAAAGUUGGAUUGUAUAAAUUUUUCAAUUUUUUAAAAUUAUGAAACAAAUCCGAAUCAAAUCACGUAUUUUAUUAUUUAAAAGUUAGGCAUUUGUUUUGUUUGAUAUUAAAAUUUUAAAUAUUUUCUUUAUUUUAUUGUGCAUUUAAAUAACCAUUGAUUAAUACAUUCUGCUCAAUAAUGUCACAUGGAAAUCAACAACAUUCUGUAUACGUAAUGGACAGAAUUAGUUCAUUAAUUCAAUAGUUAAAAAAAAAACAGCUAAAAUGUGUUUCAUAAUCUAUCUUUAAGUCAAUUUAAUCUCGUCUUCAAUUAGGACUAGGUGAAUUCUAUUUUUGUAUUAUUUUUACAUGCCAUAUGUAACAUGUUACAAUGUUCACGUUUAUUAUAGAGACAUUUCUAAAAAAAGACUUAUUUUAAGACCCUGCCGAAAACUUCAGUAUUUAAAAAAAUUUUAUAUGAAUUUACUAUGUCUAAAGUUAAUAGACUUUCAUUAUUUAUUGUAAUAUAAUGUAAAGAUAUAACUUUUAUACAUUUCUCGAUAUCUAAAAACGAUAUAACUUAUUUUGACAAAACUAUUUUGCAAUUAUUUAUACAGGGAGUAUCACAAAGAGGACCCAGUGGAAUUAUCCCAAAAAGUAGUCAAAAUUGGAAUCUGAAAAUUUAUAUACAGGGGUUUAUCAAAAAGAUCUAUUCAAUGAAAAUAGUGUAAACUUUCUCGCACUGUCGAUUAUACCAGAAGUUAUCAUCAAUUCUGUUAUUUCAAAUGGAACACUGUAUAUUUUUGCAUUUUUUGCAAUAUGUGAAAGUUUUGAAGUUGUCAAUUUUAGAAAAAAAUUGAGGGAUGCAAGUGAUUUUUGAAAACAGAAUAACUUUAGCUUUAUUUGUUAAUGAAAUUUGGCAUGGAUAAUUUGAAAGCAAUGAAAUUCAACCAGUUUGUCAAAUUUGCAAAAAUUCAUACAGAGUGUUUAAGAACAUUUUGGCCUAUAGUACCUUAUAUGAAAAUAGUCUAGAAUUUACCGCAGAAUUAAAAAAUGCAUAAAUAUACAAAGUGUUCCAUUUGAAAUAACAGAGUUGAUAAUGACUUUCGGUAUAACUGGAAGUGCGAGGAAGUUGACACUAUUUUCAUUGAAUAGAUCUUUUUGAUAAACCCCUGUAUACAAAUUUUCAUAUUCCAAUUCUGACUACUU